AUGAAACCUUUUGACCUAUUUAAAAAAUAUCGAAAAACAGAGCCAUUUAGUAUUUUAUUGCUCCGAGCUUUCGUAAUUGUUGCUCUUAUAUCAGGUUUAGCAGGAUAUGUUACGGUAACAUUUAUAAAUAUAGUAAAUGAGGUUCCGAUAACUAAAACCUCGAUCUCUGAAGUGGAUUCUCUGCCUAUACCUGAAACCCAAGGAGGCGAACAAUCGUGUGAUAAUUAUCUUUACCAACCAACUUUGUCAAAUGGAACAUAUAUUGGUGCAUUCACGGCGAAUUUAGAACGUAAUUUUACGCGGAAUGGUCCAAAUUCUAUCGAAUUCAUCGGAAUCACUGCUGUCUUUAAUGAACGUUCCUUUAAUUAUAAAGACAAUAACUUCAUGACGAUUAUGGCUAUUGAUUCUGAAAAGAAUCCUAUCAACGUUCAAGGUGUUGGUCAAUUGACCGAUGACAUGAUAAAUUCCCUUCCAAGUUAUAUACAAGAAUUUAUGUUUAGUAACGUUUAUACAAUGGUGAACGGAGAGAUAGUAAGUAUGACAUUUGCCCGGAGUAUCCGGAAUUCGAUUAAAAAAAGAUUUAUCGACAUAUUUGGGAUCCCCCCAGAGCUAGAUCAAGUACCAUAUAUUAUGACAAGCACACAGGGUAUUCCUAGUCCUGGGAUUAAUGUAACUCAGACUUACGUCUCUAGUUUAAUGCUCAAACCACUAUAUUAUAUGAUUCGCGUGGAGACCGAACAGAGGAGCCGAACUAUAAUAUCACAAAUAGGCCUGUUAGGUGGCGCGUGGUCUGUGUGUUCAAUCAUAUAUAGUACAUUAUUUGGAAUUGAUACUCUUAGUCCAUUUGGUUGUGUGCAACUCCAUUGUCCGUGCUUUAGAAAUAAAACACAGAAUAAAUUAAGAAGUACAUUGCCUCUCAUACCGCUCGUUAACCAAGACUCAACUGAUAUUUCACAGAACACCAACAGCCAGGGUGCAAUGGUUUCGCACUUACGAGAUCGUAUAAAUGCGUUAGAGAUGUUCUUAAAGGAAUAUGUGGUAGACGCAGGAUAUUUGGAAUCUCUGGUUGAAAAAGGAACGAAAAGUCAUGGCGAAAAACCGGUGCCAAAUAAUAAUCGUUAUAACGAACCUUCCUAUAACGUAACGCAAAAUCAACAACCGUACUAUUUAUCAGUUGAUAAAACGGGUGGUGGUUAUGUUCAAUAUGGUGUAUAA